AUGACUUGGCCAGAUCAAUCAGACACCGAAGAAGAGCGUAUCCUGAAGCUGUUACGCGAAGAGCAGUCGCGGACGGUGACUCCCGAGCAGGCCGAGUUUGACGGACUUUCCAAGACGCGUAAAUUGGAGAAACUAAACGAGCUGGUCAAACGUUCGCAAGUGUUCAGUAGUAUCAUUGCUGACACGCUUUUGGACAGUUCCAAGAAGGAGGAAGUGCAAAGCAAGCAGAAGCGGCGCAAGACGAACGACGGGAAGGCUGCUGAGAAUGAGUCUGCGCAGCCAAAGCUCCUCACCGGGUGCCAAAUGAAGGACUAUCAGAUCGCAGGUAUGGAAUGGCUGAUCACGCUGUAUCAGAACGGGCUGAACGGGAUUCUGGCUGACGAAAUGGGUCUUGGUAAGACUCUGCAGAGUAUUGCCUUGAUUGCGUUCCUGAUUGAGCAAGGAAUCGAAGGCCCAUUUCUUAUAUGCUGUCCGUUGUCGACCGUUUCCAAUUGGAUCUCCGAGUUUGAGAGGUUUGCUCCGCAAAUCAAGGUGCUUGCCUACGUUGGUUCCAAGACGCAACGUCCCAAGUUGCGGCGGCAGUUUUCGAAAUGUGCGGUGAUCGUCACCUCCUACGAGAUCAGCAUACGCGAUUUCCGCUACUUGAGCGCCAAACUGUGGAAGUUCUUGAUUGUAGACGAGGGACACCGUCUGAAGAACAGUGAGUGUCUUUUGAUCCGCCAACUUAAACGUCUCAGGACCUCAAACCGCUUGCUUUUGACGGGGACACCUUUGCAGAAUAACCUGAACGAGCUUUGGUCUCUGCUGAACUUCAUUCUGCCGGAGAUCUUCCAUGACGUCGACAUGUUCCAGCAGUGGUUUGAUUUUUCUGCUCUGGAAGAAAUGAAAGACGAGGACACAGAAUUCAAUCAGCUGAUCAAUGCAGAGAUCCAGAAGAGCCUGAUCACCAACCUGCACACUAUUUUGCAACCAUUCUUGCUCCGCAGGCUGAAACGAGAUGUAGUACAGGGCCUGCCACCAAAAAGAGAGUUCAUUAUUUAUGGCAAGCUUACGCCCAAGCAGGAACAACUCUAUCGUGCUACACUUAAUCAAAGGUUGAAGGAAACCAUACUGGUGAGCGGUUUGAAAGAGUACCUUUCAGUGAACCAUAUAUUACAGGUUUCUGACGAGGAGGUUGAAAAGUUUGUGGCGCUGGAAGAUAAGCCAAGAGACAACAAAUUGUACGAGCAUUUUGAGUUUGUCAGGAAGCAGGUCGGGACCAAAAAGCUGAUGAAUGUGAUGAUGCAGCUGCGUCUGGUUUGCGACUCGCCUCACCUUUUUUUCUAUCCGUGGAAUGACUAUGCGGACUCAGGGCUGGUGGAACAGUCUGCAAAGCUGCAACUUCUAAACCAAUUGCUACCUGCGCUUCAUAAAGAUGGACACCGCGUCCUGAUAUUCACACAGUUCACGUCGAUGCUGGACCUGAUUGAAGAAUUUGUCAACAAUACACUUGGAUUCAAGUCGUGUCGAAUAGACGGAUCUACCGACCAGGCCGAUCGUAAGGACGAGAUCGAGCGGUUUGCAACCGAGGAGGUGGACGUGUUUUUGCUGUCUACGCGUGCUGGAGGCCUGGGGAUUAAUUUGACGGCUGCAGACUCGGUUGUUCUUUUUGACUCGGACUGGAAUCCGCAGGUCGAUCUCCAGGCAAUGGACAGAGUCCACAGAAUAGGCCAGACCAAGCCUGUAUCUGUUUUUCGACUGGUAAUUGCCAACACUAUUGAAGAGAUCAUGCUGGCCAAGGCAGACUCGAAAAGACGCCUUGAAAGGCUCGUCAUCCAGCUGGGUCAUUUUGAAGAUCUCUUGAAAUAUGGUACCGGCAACAGAAAGCCACAGGAUGCUCUACUGGACAAUCUCGGUCAGUUUUUAAGCGCAAAGGAGUUCAGGAAACGGGAGAUUGUCGAUAAUAAGCUUUCGGACGAAGAAAUGCGAGAGUUGCUAGACAGGUCGCCAGAAGCCUACCAGAGAGAAAAUGACGAUCACUUCGCCCACUUGAUGCUCUUCGAAACAAUUAAUUCCCUACAGUAA